AUGUCCGCCAAAGAGACUACAAACUUUUACAACGUUACAAAUAUCAGUAACAUUGAGAACAGCAACAACAUCACAACCAAUGGAACAUACGCCACUGAUGAUGAUGACGAUAUUGGGGAAGAUGAAGUGACAAAAGCCCGAAAUAGUUAUUUUGUGUUUGGCAUAUUAUUUGGAGUUUUGUUCCUCUUUUUAAUCAUCAUGGCGAUAUCUUACAUACUCAUCAAAAAGAAGAAACAAAAAAUGAAGGCAUCAACUUCAUCCACGUCAUCAUUACGUAAGGUGACCCCACAGCCUAAUUCCCUAAAUUCAAAAACGGUCUUACUGGUUGACUACAAUACCUCUUCAGACCGUUCAAACAUCAACAACAACAACAACAACAACAAAAUCUACAGGCCCCAGAAUAAUAGUAACAAAAGCAGCAGUAGUAAUAACAACAUAAGAUCUAGUACCAUUAGUAAUGCGAGUAGCGGUGCUGGCAAAACUACUGAAAAUGUGAGUAUUCAUACUACUCCGCUGAUGAACGAAAAACCCAACAACAACAACAUCAACAACAACAUCAACAGCAACAUCAACAGCAACAUUAGCAACAUCAAAAAUAUCAACAACGACAAAAGUAGUAUUACCAAUCUACAUAUCAGGCCUUUAUCUGUUACUGAUAGCCCGCUGAAACGCAAAGCACCUUCUCCACCAAUCGUGUUUGGUAUUUCCGCUUCGGAAAAUCCCAAAUUUUCAUUAAUACCCUCAAUGGCGAAACAACAACAACAACAAAACAACAACAACAACAGUGACGUAAUACACGGAGAAGAGGAUGAUGAUGAUGACGCCGAAUUCUUCCAGACGCCAACAACGACUCUGAUAAAAUCAAGAGAAAAGAGCAUGACGUCACUGGAUUCUUACGACAGGAGUUUAAAUCCUUUCUUUAAUUAG